CUCGAACCUCCUCCACCUUCAAAAUCCAAUAUUUUAAAACCAACAUUAGCACAAUUCAUUUUGCACUUUCAGUGACUGACCCUCCUGAAGAAGCCCUCCAUGAAACCGUCUCGAUCCACUGAGACUGCAACAUCUUCCUCCGCCGAGGUUCUGCUCUGUUAGAGUGAUAAAUAAAAAAGCCAAACAACUGCUUAAGGUUUUAAUGUACGCUAUAAGAGUCUCAACUUACAGCAGUCAGCUCGACCAGUCGAUCCUUCAUCACAAUAGCCAGCUCGUCUACGGAACAGUUUACUUCAUUCUAUGAAAAGUCCCACAGGGUCAUCAAGCGGUGCUCCAUGAGCGGCAAGGACGCUCGACGAGUGUCGAACAAAUUUUAUCGCACCGUGAAAUCAUAGGGACAUGUGGGUAUACAGUUGGGAUUGAAUCGACGAUUCUGACUCGAAGAUCUUUACUAACUCUUCCUUGUAAACGCCUUUUUACGUCCCUCCCCUUAGCGCUCUCUAGAGAUGAUAAACGUCCUACCUUAUACCAGUAAUCUUGAAUAAAGCAUUUAUGUUAUACUGUAUGAUAACUUCAUAGGGGUAAAAAAAACUCCGAAUCAUAAAUAGCGUGAUGAAUGACACAAAUUCAAGAACCGUUCAGUGUCAGAAAAAUGGUCACUAAAUAAUAGAUGAGAUGCGAUAAUUAAAGUGGCCACAUGGUGUCACUGUAUGACAACAUGUUAAAAAAUGUAAACCAAGAUUGCAAAAUUAGCACUAUAUUUCUAAGAGGAAUGUUGUUUAUAGAGGUCUUUUUGAGCAUGUUCGGAAUGGUGAGACCGUGAGGGUUUGUCAUGAUGAUUUUAUUAGCAGAUUCCUGGGUUUUGACCGUCUUACUGAAUAAAAUCCAAACUUGUCAUGAGAGAGCAUCUUUGAAGCAACAAUCUCUAGAUCUGACUCUACAUUAUAUAUACAGUGUUUGGGUGGUAGUCCAUCCCGCCAUCCUGUACGCACAAAUAACGUCAUCUACUCACUGCUCCAACGCCCCUCCUCGAAAGAUCCAAAAAUUACGUUUUCCCUUCCAACGUUCAGUCCAACUCAGUGAGUCCAACAGUUCAGCACACCCCAAGGAUUCUUAUAUGUUUUGGGACACUCUUGAGGAUCCGUUUUUUUUUUUAAACUUAUUUUUUCACCUUAUGAUGAGAAAAAAAAAACAAUUCCUCAUUUAAACACUCAUUUGAAUUGAAUUAUUCUGCAUUCUGGACAAGUGGUCUCAUCUAAGGUUUUGUGGAGUAAUGGGUGACCUCUCCUGGAUUCAUUUUUACUUGUGGAUGUAACUUUGUUUUGAAUCAUAUAUUACCAGUUGCCCCUUGAGAAACCAUGGAGCUUUCUUUGGGAAUUAAAUUAUUAACAGUUUUUGUUUCGUGUGUCAAGGUUUAUGCCCAAGUGGCGCAUCAGCUCAAGCAUCCAGGCCUGAAAGUGUUGUCCUCAGCCGCACAUUAUUGGCCUCUUGAUGCUGUGGAUGGGAUCCACGGACUGUAUGACCAGAUUGGAAACAGACCAGGUUAUGUUAACGGAAGUAAUAUAACUCUCAGAAUCCACAAGCACACUGUGCUCCCUUCCUCCCAUAACACUUCCUAUGUGUAUACCAAUGACUCUGCCUACACUAACAUUUCUGCGACAGUAGAUAUUGUUGAAGGCAUGGUCAAUAAUGGCAUCUACUUGGAUGGUGACAAGGGUGGUACUUUUCUGCACUUUGGAAGCUACCAGAACUCUUGUAUUAGUGACCCUACGUUAUGUGGCCCUGAUGGGAUUACCUUCUCCUUUUUUUGGAAGAACCAUGAAGCGGAAUCUCGUUUUGCCGUAGCAUCUGGAGGUAAAGUCAUCUCUAAUGGCUUCUCUGUCUACACCAACCCUCAUGGAGGAUAUGUGGAGUUUUACACUCGGGGCAACAACCACAGAUGGAAAGUCAAUAUCAAGGUUCCAGGACCUUAUUGGACUCACAUUCUCUUUACCUGGAAAAAGACAGCAGGUCUAAAGGUUUACAUAAAUGGCACCUUCACUGCUGGAGACGAAAAUGGCAGUGUUUCCGAAAAUUACGGUGACCCUUUCCCGGAUCUUGUCAUUGGAACUGGCAAUGAUAGAACGUAUGGCCACUAUGUGACGGGGGCCUUUGAUGAGUUUGUCAUCUGGGAAAGAGCUCUCCUGCCCACUGAGAUCUUUCAGUACUACAGUGCUGCUAUAGGUCAUGCUAUAGAAUAUGCUACAACACCAGGUGUUUACAAAGAACUGCCUCUCUCUACGACAACUGUGAGAGCCAUCGAAGUGAGUCCUCCUGUUGUCAAGAGUGUGCUUGAGGAGGUCCCAGGCUCCCAGGGUCCGGAGUCUAUGCCAGUUUUGGGCAUUCUGAAGGUUCUACCCAAUAGGACCAUUCCCCACAACACAGCCACUAACCUGACACAGGCUUUCCUCAAAAAUGUGGAAGAAGUGCUGUCCUCUCCUGGAUUACCAGAGCAGUCCGGUCCUGUGGUCAGCGGCUUGAUCGAAACCGUGGAUCGAGUAAUGGACCACAUGGUAGCUAACUUGGAGCCCAGCCCCAACUCUCUCAUCUCCCUGGGAGGAACAUCAUUUGUUGCAGAUUAUUCUUUGAUGAAAUUGCCCCAGAACUACAAUUUGCCACAUUACCGCUUCCCCACACAGGGAAAGAGCUACAUUUCUGUUCCCGGAGAGGCUUUCACCAUGCAAUCUCAAACCACCAUCGUCGGCCUCUUUUACCACAACAUGCACAGCUACUACAAAGAAAUCAGCCCUGUCAAGACCAGGAUUAAUGAAGCUGCUAAUUUCAAGGAUCAUAAAAUCCAGGUUGCCAGCUCAUUAAUUUCACUGAACGUAGAGCCAUCACCAGCCCUGUCAGUCAACCUCUCUGGUGCUCCUCUCAUCAAGAUCGUUCUUACCCACACACUGAGUGAAGAACAGAUGCAACAAGUGUUAAAUCAAAGUAAUAAGGUGUUCUUGUACUGUGCCUUCCUUGACUAUAGUUCAAAAGAGGGAGUAUGGUCAAAUCGAGGCUGUGUACGCUCAGAGGGAAACAUGACAUACUCUGUGUGUUUGUGCAACCACCUCACCAAUUUUGCCAUUCUAAUGCAAGUGGUUCCCUUAAAGCUCACAGCUCGCCACCGGGUGGCACUAUCAACCAUUGGCUAUGUUGGAUGCUCAAUUUCCAUUUUCUGUCUGGCCAUCACACUUGUCACAUUUGCAGUCCUAUCGUCAGUGAGUACUAUCCGGAACCAGCGCUACCACAUCCAUGCCAACCUAUCUUUUGCCAUCCUAGUGGCUGAGAUUUUGCUGCUCAUCAGCGCCAGCUUCGACCCUGGAACGCUGCCAUGUAAGAUCAUGGCUGUCCUGCUUCACUUCUUCUUUCUGAGCGCCUUCGCCUGGAUGCUCGUGGAGGGCCUCCACCUGUACAGCAUGGUUGUCAAGGUGUUUGGUUCUGAAGGCAGUAAACACAUUUACUACUAUGGCAUUGGUUGGGGUUCUCCACUUGUGAUCUGUGUGGUGUCUAUGACAUCAUCUUUAGGCAGUUAUGGUGAGGUUGACAACUGUUGGUUGUCGCUGAAAAAUGGAGCCAUCUGGGCCUUUGUGGCACCAGCUCUUUGUGUCAUUGUGGUAAACAUUGGCAUUUUGAUAUCGGUAACCAGAAUUAUAUCUCGCAUCAGUGGAGAAAAUUACAAAGUUCAUGGGGAUGCCAAUGCAGUGAAGCUUACUGCAAAGGCUGUGGCAGUACUUUUACCUAUACUCGGCAUUUCAUGGAUAUUUGGAGUUCUAGCUGUCAAUACGCAUUCCUUGCCAUUCCUUUAUAUCUUCGCAAUUUUUAACUCUUUGCAGGGUUUCUUUGUCUUCCUGUUUCAUUGUCUACUUAACUCUGAGGUCAGGGCUGCUUUCAAACACAAGACAAAAGUGUGGUCUCUCACCAGCAGCUCCAUGCGACACAUCAACGUGAAGCCCUUCAACUCUGACAUUAUGAAUGGAAACAAGGAGGGUGUAUCCCCCACUAAGAUGAACACAUGGGACAAAAGCACCAACUCAGCCAAUCGUAUUGACCUCUCUGCAGUGUAGGCCACCACAAAAUCUCACAAAAUCUGUGUGUGGACACUAGAGUAGAAUGACAAGCAUUUGCCAGAAUAUUUCCCUCACUAUUUUAUGUGACUCACCUCAGUUGGAGUGAAAGAAUGCCAAAUUGGGUGACAUGUAGCGCCACCAUUCAAGAGAAAUCAACUAAAAACUGUGUCUUAUUAGUGUCACAUUUAAUGAAAUGGUGUUGCCACAGAUCAGGGUAGAUAACCCGGAGGUCAGGAGGUAACAACCAUUAUUCAGUUUCUGACUAUGAUACUCUGUGCAGUAGAGUGGCUACAUGUUUAUGUAGACAUGCCUGUGUUGACUGCAGUUCAUUUAACUCCGGUUUAUUUUAUUUGCAGAUGUUAAGUUUGAAACUUAUUAGCUUGGUCAGAUGAUAAUGGGGAAUGUGACCUAAUUUCCUGUCAUUAGCUCCAUGCCUUCAAAACAAUAGCACAUGGCUUUUGAGUGAUGUCGCAACACAGCCAACUGCAAAAUAACACACCGAGAUGUAAAAGUAAAUUGGACCAUGUGUUAUUCUGAUAUGAUAUAUUUAUUUUGUGAUGAGUAGAUAUGUUCAUUGUCUUUUACAAUCUGGAAUGGCUCAACAGUGGUCAUGUCUGUUUAUUUUUUUGUUUCCACUCUUGGAAUGAGCUGACUGGAAUGUAGCAGUGCAGUAUGGACACACUUCUGUGAGGUUUCACAGUCUCUUAACUAUUUCUAGAGCUACAUUUCACACUUUUCGUAAAUGGAAAUUGAAAGGCUAUGUCUACAACGGGAUGCCAUUAUACUAUUUUUCUUCAUAACUGUGAGAACAAAGGGUGAUGACAUCUACAUGUCAUUAAUCUGUAUCAACACUGUACCAACUGUAAUUUUCAGAAAAGAAAAAAACUUACAGUAAAUUUGUAAGCACUCACAACUUUAAAAAUUAGGUAUUGCAAUCAUUCAGUUUUGUAUAUUGACUUUCAUUGGUUUUCACUUUGGUACUGUUGUUUGUGCUUUCAAUUAUCUGAAUAAAAAGGUUUGAAACAAAACUGUGCCUUAUUCUACGACCAAAAAAGUGCAGAUAAUGUACACUACAGCAUGUGUGUCCCUUUCUGAACAACUCGUCUUUGCACAUUAAUCAGAUAGCAUUUUUUUCUUGACCUCAAUGUGGUUGAUGUGGAAACGCGCUGACAGCUAAAGUUCACAACAAAGCGCCAUAAGUGGUUUCCAAGACACUAUUUUGUUUGUAAUUAUUUAUGAGCAUUUAAGUCCCUGCGGGCAGAUGUCUGAAACAUACAAUGAAUAAUACUAGUAUUGCUGCAAUUGUGCUAUUGGAGUCUGCAAUAUCAGAUCUCUGAAAAAACACAUAUCUUUCAUGUAUUGUUUUAUAGUCAACAUUUUAAUUAAUAUAUACUAAUUAAUGUCGGCAGUCACUUCUCAUUUACGCUCCAGCAUAAAUUUUUCAAAGUGCUGUACAUUGGUCCUCUUAGCCCUUUCUUGCCAAAUGUAUCACAUUUGAUAAACUUGGAGUUUCAUGAUUUUGAGACUAAUUCAGAAUUUUGAAAUAUCUUUCCUCAAAAAAAAAAAAAAAAAAAAAUGGAUGCAAGUCAACUCAUGCAUCUGCAGGUUCCAUGAGAAGAAAAAAAAACAGGAUUUAGCAAGGGUUAUAGACAGGGGUUAAAGUGGCUAGAAUUU